AUGGGGGUAAUAAGUUCUACCUCCUCAGUUCACACAAAUCACCUAUACAGAUUCAAUAGAUCUCUUUUGAUGCCUUAUUCUAAAAUGGAUUAAAUCGUUUUUUUCCCUCAUCAAUCUACACACAAUACCCCAUAAUGACGAAGCAAAAACAGGUUUUUAGACAUUUUUGCAAAUGUGUUACAGAUUAAAAAAAUGGAAAUAUGACAUUUACAUAAGUAUUCAGACCCUUUACUCAGUACUUUGUGGAAUCACCUUUGGCAGUGAUUACAGCCUACAUUCUUCUUGGGUAUGACGCUACAAGCUUGGCACACCUGUAUUUGGGGAGUUUCUCCCAUUCUCCUCUGCAGAUCCUCUCAAGCUCUGUCAGGUUGGAUGGGGAGCGUCGCUGCACAGCUAUUUUCACGUCUCUGCACAGCUAUUUUCACGUCUCUCCAGAGAUGUUCGAUCAGUUCAAGUCCGGGCUCUGGCUGGGCCACUCAAGGACAUUCAGAGACUUGUCCAGAAGCCACUCCUGUGAUGUCUUGGCUGUGUGCUUAGGGUCGUUGUCCUGUUGGAAGGUGAACCUUCGCCCCAGUCUGAGGUUGUGAGCGCUCUGGAGCAGGUUUUCAUCAAGGGUCUCUCUGUACUUUGCUCCGUUCAUCUUUCCCUCGAUCCUGACUAGUCUCAAUGUCCCUGCCGCUGAAAAACAUCCCCACUGCAUGAUGCUGCCACCACCAUGCUUCACAGUAGGGUGGUGCAAGGUUUCCUCCAGACGUGACGCUUGGCAUUCAGGCCAAAGAGUUCAAUCUUGGUUUCAUCAGACCAGAGAAUCUUGUUUCUCAUGGUCUGAGAGUCCUUUAGGUGCCUUUUGGCAAACUCCAAGCGGGCUGUCAUGUGCCUUUUACUGAGGAGUGGCAUCCGUCUGGCCACUCUACCAUAAAUACCUCAUUGGUGGAGUGCUGCAGAGAUGGUUGUCCGUCUGGAAGGUUCUCCCAUCUCCACAGAGGAACUCUGGAGCUCUGUCAGAGUGACCAUCAGGUUCUUGGUCACCUCCCUGACCAAGGCCCUUCUCCGCCGAUUGCUCAGUUUGGCCGGGCGGCCAGCUCUAGGAAGAGUCUUGGUGGUUCCAAACUUCUUCCAUUUAAGAAUGAUGGAGGCAGCUGUGUUCUUGGAGACCUUGAAUGCUACAGAAUUGUAUUGGUACCCUUCCCCAGAUCUGUGCCUCGACACAAUCCUGUCUCGGAUCUCUACGGACAAUUCCUUCGACCUCAUGGCUUGGUUUUUGCUCUGACAUGCACUGUCAACUGCGGGACCUUAUAUAGACAGGUGUGUGCCUUUCCAAAUCAUGUCCAAUCAAUUGGAUUUACCACAGUUGGACUCCAAUCAAGUUGUAGAAACAUCUCAAGGAUGAUCAAUGGAAAAAGGAUGCACCUGAGUUCAAUUUCAAGUCUCAUUGCAAAGGGUCUGAAUACUUAUGUAAAUAAGGUAUUUCUGUUUGUAAUAUUUUAUAAAUUAGCAAAUAUAUCUAAAAACCUGUUUUCGCUUUGUCAUUGUGGGGUAUUGUGUGUAGAUUGAUGAGGAUUUUUACUUAUUUAAUCAAUUUUAGAAUAAGGCUGUAACGUUACAAAAUGUGGAAAAAGGGAAGGGGUCUGAAUAUUUUCCAAAUACACUGUAUUUGAUGGUUUCAUUUCAGAGAGAUGAAUAAACAUGUUUUUUUUUAAACACUAUACAGUGGAGGAAAAAAGUAUUUAGUCAGCCACCAAUUGUGUAAGUUCUCCCACUUAAAAAGAUGAGAGAGGCCUGUAAUUUUCAUCAUAGGUACACGUCAACUAUGACAGACAAAAUGAGAAAAGAAAAUCCAGAUAAUCACAUUGUAGGAUUUUUUAUGAAUUUAUUUGCAAAUUAUGAUGGAAAAUAAGUAUUUGGUCAAUAACAAAAGUUUCUUAAUACUUUGUUAUAUACCCUUUGUUGGCAAUGACACAGCUCAAACGUUUUCUGUAAGUCUUCACAAGGUUUUCACACACUGUUGCUGGUAUUUUGGCCCACCGUUCUUGUGAUCAUUUUGACCCCACAGGGUGAGAUCUUGCGUGGAGCCCCAGAUCGAGGGAGAUUAUCAGUGGUCUUGUAUGUCUUCCAUUUCCUAAUAAUUGCUCCCACAGUUGAUUUCUUCAAACCAAGCUGCUUACCUAUUGCAGAUUCAGUCUUCCCAGCCUGGUGCAGGUCUACAAUUUUGUUUCUGGUGUCCUUUGACAGCUCUUUGGUGUUGGCCAUAGUGGAGUUUGGAGUGUGACUGUUUGAGGUUGUGGACAGGUGUCUUUUAUACUGAUAACAAGUUCAAACAGGUGCCUUUAAUACAGGUAACGAGUGGAGGACAGAGGAGCCUCUUAAAGAAUAAGUUACAGGUCUGUGAGAGCCAGAAAUCUUGCCUGUUUGUAGGUGACCAAAUACUUAUUUUCCACUAUAAUUUGCAAAUAAAUUCAUUAAAACUCCUACAAUGUGAUUUUCUGGAUUGUUGAAAUCUAUGUUGAAAAUUACAGGCCUCUCUCAACUUUUUAAGUGGGAGAACUUGCACAAUUGGUGGCUGACUAAAUACUUUUUUUCCCCACUGUAUAUCCACCACACUCUCAGAUAAAUAAGUAGCACUGCUAGGUUUUACACAGUUAAAUGUAGCAAAUAACUUUAAUAAAUAACUGUACAAAUGAUACAUUUGUGAUAUCAAUAUAUAUAAAAUAAUAUUUUUUUAAAAAUGAAUCAGUAAAGUAUUAUGAGAUCCGGGGGCCGAUUGGCCAUCUGGCAAUUCUGGCACAUGCCAGAUGGGCUGUACCAUUUUUUAGUUGGGUGGACUGGUGGAAAUUGACACACAGGGUGCCUAUAAACACAGAAAGAGCACAUUGUCACCUCAAUCAAACCUUCCUAUUUUUUGGGCAGUUAAAACCAUGAUUUGGUCAAACAGUAAAGUACAUUAUUCUCAUGAUUCCUGUAAUGAAAGUGACUGCCCAGCCCCUCUGCCUGUUUCGCUGUGGCCUGGUGCUGUGAUGAGCAAGCCACUCUCCUCUACCCCGAUGCGCUCAACAGAAGAAAGAAAAACAUUUCAAAAUGCAAUUGCGGGAAAAACACAGCUUUGGAAGCUUCGUCCCCUUGACCCUGUCGAAGAGAGGAGGAUCUCAGCUUUCUGUAAGUAUAAUCUUUUUUUCUCAACUCUCAAUAUUCAGCUCAAUAGCAACUAUUUUACAACCAAUAUAUUUGAUAUGGCUUUGAGAUAUGGAACAGCGCAGACGCAAAAUGUGCACCAGCCAUUGCGAGGGCAAAGACCUAUAGGUUUAUAACUACUUAGAGUUAAUAUGUUUUGAGUUUCCACUUCCUCAGGUGUUGUAUCCCAAAUUAAUAAGCAUGUGAUAUUAGUGCAGCAUACCACCCUGCAUCCUACUGCUGGCUUGCCUCUGAAGCUAAAAGGGUUGGUCCCUGGAUGGGAGACCAGAUGUUUCUGGAAGUGCUGCUGGAAGUGGUAUUUAAGGGCCAGUAGGAGGCACUCUUUCCUCCGGUCAAAAACAAAAGAUCCCAGGGCAGUGAUUGGGGACAUUGCCCUGUGUAGGGUGCUGUCUUCGGAUGGGAUGUUAAACAAGUGUCCUGACUCUCUGUUGUCACUAAAGAUCCCGUGGCACUUAUUGUAGGAGUAGGGGUGUUAACCCCGGUGUCCUGGCUAAAUUCUCAAUCUGGCCACCGAAUAAUCCCCAGCUUCCAAUUGGCUCAUUCAUUCCCUGUAACUAUUCCCCAGGUCGUUGCUGCACAUUAGAAUGUGUUCCUAGUCAACUUAGCAGGUAAAAUAAAAAAAGUUAUGUAAUUAAUUACUGUUGAACAAAACACAUUAUUGAGUCUUUGACAGUAAAAUAUAGCAACUACAGUCUAAUUGUCAACCCAACAUUCAUGACAAUCACUGGAUAAGGAUGCACAUCAAAAUAUCUUCAAUCAUGCGAAACACACAAUAAAAAAUCUGAGAACAAUAAUAUUUUACAGACACAUGAAGGUACCCAUAAACAAUCAUUUCUGAUGAAAAAACACAAAUGUGAAAAAUUGGAAAUAAACUCUUCAUAUGUUACAUUUUGCCAUGUGUGUCCCUAAAACAAUGGGGCAUCAAGACACACUCCUCUAAGGGAAAUGUCUACGACAUCAUUGACACACACUCGCAGUGGGGAGAAAGGCGAGUCGCUCGUGAUGUCAUCUUCCAUUUACAUUUGACAUUUUAGUAAUUUAGCAGACGUUCUUAUCCAGAGCGACUUACAGUUAGUGAGUGUAUAUAUAUUUUUUUCUCCCAGGGGUGUGAACCUGAGGAAGUCAACGUGUUUGGGGCGGGAGAGGCAAGAUGGACCGGAGGGAGACCGGCAGUAGGACAGAGACUCUUCCACCUCUCUCUGCCAGAUCUCCUCCUGUCUCCUCAGGGACUCGUCUCUCUGCCAGAUCUCCUCCUGUCUCCUCAGGGCCUCCUCUCUCUGCCAGAUCUCCUCCUGUCUCCUCAGGGACUCGUCUCUCUGCCAGAUCUCCCCCUGUCUCCUCAGGGACUCGUCUCUCUGCCAGAUCCCCUCCUGUCUCCUCAGGGACUCCUCUCUCUGCCAGAUCUCCUCCUGUCUCCUCAGGGCCUCCUCUCUCUGCCAGAUCUCCUCCUGUCUCCUCAGGGACUCGUCUCUCUGCCAGAUCUCCUCCUGUCUCCUCAGGGACUCAUCUCUCUGCCAGAUCUCCUCCUGUCUCCUCAGGGCCUCCUCUCUCUGCCAGAUCUCCUCCUGUCUCCUCAGGGACUCGUCUCUCUGCCAGAUCUCCUCCUGUCUCCUCAGGGACUCGUCUCUCUGCCAGAUCUCCUCCUGUCUCCUCAGGGACUCGUCUCUCUGCCAGAUCUCCCCCUGUCUCCUCAGGGACUCGUCUCUCUACCAGAUCUCCUCCUGUCUCCUCAGGGACUCCUCUCUCUGCCAGAUCACCUCCUGUCUCCUCAGGGACUCGUCUCUCUGCCAGAUCUCCUCCUGUCUCCUCGGGGACUCGUCUCUCUGCCAGAUCUCCUCCUGUCUCCUCAGGGCCUCCUCUCUCUGCCAGAUCUCCUCCUGUCUCCUCGGGGACUCGUCUCUCUGCCAGAUCUCCUCCUGUCUCCUCGGGGACUCGUCUCUCUGCCAGAUCUCCUCCUGUCUCCUCAGGGCCUCCUCUCUCUGCCAGAUCUCCUCCUGUCUCCUCAGGGACUCCUCUCUCUGCCAGAUCUCCUCCUGUCUCCUCAGGGACUCGUCUCUCUGCCAGAUCUCCUCCUGUCUCCUCAGGGACUCAUCUCUCUGCCAGAUCUCCUCCUGUCUCCUCAGGGCCUCCUCUCUCUGCCAGAUCUCCUCCUGUCUCCUCAGGGCCUCCUCUCUCUGUCAGAUCUCCUCCUGUCUCCUCAGGGACUCGUCUCUCUGCCAGAUCUCCUCCUGUCUCCUCAGGGACUCGUCUCUCUGCCAGAUAUCCUCCUGUCUCCUCAGGGACUCGUCUCUCUGCCAGAUCUCCCCCUGUCUCCUCAGGGACUCGUCUCUCUGCCAGAUCUCCUCCUGUCUCCUCAGGGACUCCUCUCUCUGCCAGAUCUCCCCCUGUCUCCUCAGGGACUCGUCUCUCUGCCAGAUCUCCUCCUGUCUCCUCAGGGACUCCUCUCUCUGCCAGAUCUCCCCUGUCUCCUCAGGGACUCGUCUCUCUGCCAGAUCUCCUCCUGUCUCCUCAGGGACUCCUCUCUCUGCCAGAUCUCCCCCUGUCUCCUCAGGGACUCGUCUCUCUGCCAGAUCUCCUCCUGUCUCCUCAGGGACUCCUCUCUCUGCCAGAUCUCCUCCUGUCUCCUCAGGGACUCCUCUCUCUGCCAGAUCUCCCCCUGUCUCCUCAGGGACUUGUCUAAAGAGAAGAGACACUUGGUAUAUCAGAUAGAGUUGUUAGAAGUUUAUAUUUGGGGUAAAUUUCAUUUUAAAUUCAGUCAAUUCAGGAAGUGACUUGAAAUUCAAUCAAUGUAUGGAAAACCCCUCAUAGAAACCAUUACUCUUAAGCUGGGUAGAAGUUGGUAUUGUGUAAUGUACUUAACAAAUCCAGUUCCACCUUCUACUGCAGUAAUGCUUAUUUUCCAAGGAUGACAUCCCCAGUUAAUACUUCAACCUUCUCUAAGGCCAUAUCUUUCCCUAAGUUUCCUAAUAUAUUUCCUAAUGCAAAAGCAUUCAUACAAAUGAACUCUGACUGUGUGUCAUAACCAGGGCACUACAGCACUUACAAUACUCUGAAGUUCCGUGUUAAGUUUAGCUGUGGCGCCACCUUCAGAAUUAGAAGUGGAAUUGCUGCCAUUAUCAGCCAUGACAUGAGUUCUUCAUGACCCUCUGAGCAUGAACUCAGUAGCCCCCAGUGGUCGAAAAAGUACCCAAUUGUCAUACUUGAGUAAAAGUAAAGAUACCAUAAUAGAAAAUGACUCAAGUAAAAGUGAAAGUCACCCAGUAAAAUACUACUUAAGUAGAAGUCUAAAAGUAUCGAAAGUAAAUGUAAUUGCUAAAAUAUACUUAAGUAUCAAAAGUAAAAGUAUAAAUCAUUUAUUAUAUUAGGCACACCAGACGGCACAAUUAUUAUUAUAUAUAUAUAUUUUACGGAUAGCCAUGGGCAGACUCCAACACUCAGACAUGAUUUACAAAUAAAGCAUUUGUGUUUAGUGAGUCUGCCAGAUCAGAGGCGGUAGGGAUGGCCAGGGAUGUUCUCUUGAUAAGUGUGUGAAUUGGACCAUUUUCAUGGCCCUGCUAAGCAUAAAAAAUGUAACGAGUACUUUUGGGUGUCACGGAAAAUGUAUGGAGUAAAAAGUACAUUAUUUUCUUUAGGAAUGUAGUGAAGUAAAAGUAAAAGUAGUCAAAAAUAUAAAUAGUAAUGGACAGAUACUCAAAAAAACUACUUAAGUAGUACUUUAAAGUUUUAUUAGCCCCAGCCCAUAUAACAGCUGGGUACAUGGCACUGUACUGAUAUUGUAAAUAAUCACAAGUCAAAUCAGUUAAUAUCCUUCAGGUUAACCUGUAAUGAGAUGUGAAUGACUGAGAUACACUACAUGACCAAAAGUAUGUGGACACCUGCUCAUCGAAUAUCUAAUUCCAAAAUCAUUGGCAUCAAUAUGGAGUUGAUCCCCCUUUUGCUACUAUAACAGCUUCCACUCUUCUGGGAAGGCUUUACACUAGAUGUUGGAACAUUGCUGCGGGGACUUGCUUCCAUUUAGCCACAAGGUGUUCGAUGGGGUUGAGGUCAGGGCUCUGUGCAGGCCAGUCAAGUUCUUACACACACCGAUCUCGACAAACUAUUUCUGUAUGGACCUCGCUUUGUGCACAGGAAAGGGCCUUCCUCAAAUUGUUGUCACAAAGUUGGAAGCACAGAAUCGUCUAGAAUGUCAUUGUAUGCUGUAGCGUUAACAUUUCCCUUCACUGGAACUAAGGGGCCUAGCCCGAACCAUGAAAAACAGCCCCAGACAAUUAUUCCUCCUCCACCAAACUUUAGAGUUGGCACUAUGCAUUAGGGCAGGUAGUGUUCUCCUGGCAUCUGCCAAACCCAGAUUCGUCCGUCGGACUGCCAGAUGGUGAAUCAUCUCUCCAGAGAACACUUUUCCACUGCUCCACAGUCCAAUGGCGGCGAGCUUUACACCACCAGCCGACACUUGGCAUUGCGCAUGGUGAUCUUAGGCUUGUGUGCGGCUGCUCGGCCAUGGAAACCCAUUUGAUGAAGCUCCUGACAAACAGUUAUUGUGCUGACGUUGCUUCCAGAGGCAGUUUGGAACUCGGUAGUGAGUGUUGCAACCGAGGACAGGCGAUUUUUACGCGCUACGCACUUCAGCACUAGGCGGUCCCGUUCUGUGAGCUUGUGUGGCCUACCACUUCGCGGCUGAGCCGUUGUUGCUCCUAGACGUUUCCACUUCACAAUAACAGCACUUACAGUUGACCGGGGCAGCUCUAGCAGGGCAGACAUUUUACGAACUGAAUUCUUGGAAAGGUGGCAUCCUAUGACGUGGCUGUGUGCUCAAUUUUAUACACCUGUCAGCAACGGGUGUGGCUGAAAUAGCCGAAUCCACUCAUUUGAAGGGGUGUCCACAUACUUUUGUAUAUACAGUAUAUGUAGGUACCAGGUAGAGCGAUAAUAGAGGGCUCAGCUGGUGAGGCUGUCUGGACGAAGAUGUCUGGUUGGCAGGCCCACAGUUGUGUCAAGCUGGCUGGAUGUCCUUUGGGUGUUGGACCACUCUUGAUACACACGGGAAACCAUUGAGCGUGAAAAACCCAGCAGCGUUGCAGUUCUUGACAAAAACCGGUGCGCCUGGCACCUACUACCAUACCCUGUUCAAAGGCACUUACAUCUUUUGUCUUGCCCAUUCACCCUCUGAAUGGCACACAUACACAAUCCAUGUUUCAAUUGUAUCAAGGCUUUAAAAAUAUUUACCUGUCACCUGACUGUAGAGAAUGCAGAGUGGUUGAGGAAGAAACAGCAGAUCACUAAACCAUGUGUAAACCUGACUGUCAGAACCUAGCUAGAGCAUCGCAGAGCUCUGCUUUCCACUUAUCUAUGGAUAGAAGCAACUUCUACUGUUUAAGGGUCAGUUAACCUGUGCAGCUCAGUACACAUCCUCAAAGACAAGCACACUGGAUAUUAGUUACAUGACACAAUGUGUCUUACUCCAUUCUACGCAGUAUGUUUUCCCCCUUCUGUAAGCCCCUUUUUCUUGUUAUAAUUUGGACAUGAUGAAUUGCAUAAGGUGACCACUCACCUGAAGACAGCACAGCGAACAAACUGGAAACACCGGGCUCAGCCCAACUGGAGUCGCCUUUGCUCUGGUUGUCUUUCUGGUUCUGCUCAUUCAGCCUCAGGUCCAGCCAUGCCACUCUCUUCCUAGUCCCCUUCUUGUCCUCUGUUGACCUUAACGUCACUGUUGUCACCUCUAUCUCUACUCCCACCCUGCAGGACAAGAUGGCCCGGUGCCGAAUUCUUCGUCCCUCUCUGACCUUCCUCAUCUCUCAUUCUUCUUCCCUCGCUCCUCUCCUCAGCAGGCUGGGAGAGGGACCGAGGAAGGGGACAGCGGCUGAGCAAUAGGGAGGACAGAGGAGACAGGAUGGGGGACAUCAUGGGGGACAUGCUGUCAAAGCUACUGGAGGUCCUCGGGGACAAGGUGUCCAAGAGAGAGGGUGAGGAGGGAUGCUUCCAUUCUCUCAUAGGGUCAAAGGUCAUGGUGUUGUCGUUGGAGAGGUCGAUGGGAUCCCAUGACAAUUCUGGAGAGGUUUGCUCUAAGUUGAAGUUCCAGGUUGUUUCUCUGAACUCUUCUCUACACCUCACUGCCUCCCAGUCCACAUCUUCCCCCAGACCCUCCAUCCUCAGGGCGCUCCGCAGGCUCUGGCUCAACGCCUCACCCAGGGCAUAAAGCUCCUCAGCUGGGAGAGGAUCUUCCAGAGUUGUCCCCCAAUCCUGGAGCCCUCGCUGGAGAGAGGAUUCAGGUUUGGUCUCGGAAACUGACACUUCUUCAGACACAUACCCAUCUGGCGUACAGUCCAAAAAUACUCCCAUCUCUCCCUUCUUUGAUCCAGUCAGAGCUGGUGAGACUGACCCUCCGUAUGAUCCCCUCCACCUCUUCAAUCUUUUCCAUCACUCUCCAGGCUGCAUCCCUCCAUCUCCAUCUCCAUCUCCAUCUCCAUCUCCUCACACCGCCACUGGGCUGACCUCUUCUCCUCCUCCUCCUUUGCCCUCUCCAUCCUCCACCCCUUCUCUGCUCUGCCUCCCACCUGGCUGGGGCUCAGAGCCUGGGUGGUCCCCCCCUCUGGAGACUGCCUGGUGCUGUCCUGUGAAUCCUCUACCUCUUGUGGUUUAGAGGGGAAGGGGGAGGUGUUACACAAUUCGUUGUCGUACACUGAGAGCUCCGUAUCUGAGUCAAUGUGAACAGGCUCUUCUAUCAAAGUUAGAACCUCUCGGGGCGUGCGAGAACGGUAGUGGUACUCAAAUGGGAGAACUUUGUUCGGAGAACAAAAGCGGUUCUCAGAGAGUAGAACCCCCCUAAGGGAGUCCAUAACAGCGCUGGAGGGUCAGGUGCAUGGCCUCUUUGCCCCCCAUGUCAUUGUUGGACUCUUAAACAUUUAUCCCUCUCACUGCCUCCCUGGACAGUGUCCACCUUCUCCCUCUCUCUGCCUCCCUGGACAGUGUCCGUCUUCUCCCGCUCUCUGCCUCCCUGGACAGUGUCCGUCUUCUCCCGCUCUCUGCCUCCCUGGACAGUGUCCGUCUUCUCCCUCUCUCUGCCUCCCUGGACAGUGUCCGUCUUCUCCCUCUCUCUGCCUCCCUGGACAGUGUCCGUCUUCUCCCUCUCUCUGCCUCCCUGGACAGUGUCCGCCUUCUCCCUCUCUCUGCCUCCCUGGACAGUGUCCGCCUUCUCCCUCUCUCUGCCUCCCUGGACAGUGUCCGUCGUCUCCCUCUCUCUGCCUCCCUGGACAGUGUCCGCCUUCUCCCUCUCUCUGCCUCCCUGGACAGUGUCCGCCUUCUCCCUCUCCUCUGCCUCCCUGGACAGUGUCCGCCUUCUCCCUCUCUCUACCUCCCUGGACAGUGUCCGUCUUCUCCCUCUCUCUGCCUCCCUGGACAGUGUCCGCCUUCUCCCUCUCUCUACCUCCCUGGACAGUGUCCGUCUUCUCCCUCUCUCUGCCUCCCUGGACAGUGUCCGCCUUCUCCCUCUCUCUGCCUUCCUGGACAGUGUCCGUCUCCUCCCGCUCUCUGCCUCCCUGGACAGUGUCCGUCUUCUCCCUCUCUCUGCCUCCCUGGACAGUGUCCGUCUUCUCCCUCUCUCUGCCUCCCUGGACAGUGUCCGCCUUCUCCCUCUCUCUGCCUCCCUGGACAGUGUCCGUCGUCUCCCUCUCUCUGCCUCCCUGGACAGUGUACGCCUUCUCCCUCUCUCUGCCUCCCUGGACAGUGUCCGCCUUCUCCCUCUCUCUGCCUCCCUGGACAGUGUCCGCCUUCUCCCUCUGCCUCCCUGGACAGUGUCCGUCUUCUCCCUCUCUCUGCCUCCCUGGACAGUGUCCGUCAUCUCCCUCUCUCCCACAGUGUCCGUCUACUCUUAAACAUUUAUCCCUCACACUGCCUCCCUGGACAGUGUCCACCUUCUCCCUCUCUCUGCCUCCCUGGACAGUGUCCGCCUUCUCCCUCUCUCUGCCUCCCUGGACAGUGUCCGUCGUCUCCCUCUCUCUGCCUCCCUGGACAGUGUCCGCCUUCUCCCUCUCUCUGCCUCCCUGGACAGUGUCCGCCUUCUCCCUCUCUCUGCCUCCCUGGACAGUGUCCGCCUUCUCCCUCUCUCUACCUCCCUGGACAGUGUCCGUCUUCUCCCUCUCUCUGCCUCCCUGGACAGUGUCCGCCUUCUCCCUCUCUCUACCUCCCUGGACAGUGUCCGUCUUCUCCCUCUCUCUGCCUCCCUGGACAGUGUCCGCCUUCUCCCUCUCUCUGCCUUCCUGGACAGUGUCCGUCUCCUCCCGCUCUCUGCCUCCCUGGACAGUGUCCGUCUUCUCCCUCUCUCUGCCUCCCUGGACAGUGUCCGUCUUCUCCCUCUCUCUGCCUCCCUGGACAGUGUCCGCCUUCUCCCUCUCUCUGCCUCCCUGGACAGUGUCCGUCGUCUCCCUCUCUCUGCCUCCCUGGACAGUGUCCGCCUUCUCCCUCUCUCUGCCUCCCUGGACAGUGUCCGCCUUCUCCCUCUCUCUGCCUCCCUGGACAGUGUCCGCCUUCUCCCUCUCUCUGCCUCCCUGGACAGUGUCCGUCUUCUCCCUCUCUCUGCCUCCCUGGACAGUGUCCGUCAUCUCCCUCUCUCCCACAGUGUCCGUCUACUCUUAAACAUUUAUCCCUCACACUGCCUCCCUGGACAGUGUCCACCUUCUCCCUCUCUCUGCCUCCCUGGACAGUGUCCGUCUUCUCCCGCUCUCUGCCUCCCUGACAGUGUCCGUCUUCUCCCUCUCUCUGCCUCCCUGGACAGUGUCCGUCGUCUCCCUCUCUCCCACAGUGUCCGUCUACUCUUAAACAUUUAUCCCUCUCACUGCCUCCCUGGACAGUGUCCACCUUCUCCCUCUCUCUGCCUCCCUGGACAGUGUCCGUCUUCUCCCGCUCUCUGCCUCCCUGGACAGUGUCCGUCUUCUCCCUCUCUCUGCCUCCCUGGACAGUGUCCGUCUUCUCCCUCUCUCUGCCUCCCUGGACAGUGUCCGUCUUCUCCCUCUCUCUGCCUCCCUGGACAGUGUCCGCCUUCUCCCUCUCUCUGCCUCCCUGGACAGUGUCCGCCUUCUCCCUCUCUCUACCUCCCUGGACAGUGUCCGUCUUCUCCCUCUCUCUGCCUCCCUGGACAGUGUCCGCCUUCUCCCUCUCUCUGCCUCCCUGGACAGUGUCCGUCUCCUCCCGCUCUCUGCCUCCCUGGACAGUGUCCGUCUUCUCCCUCUCUCUGCCUCCCUGGACAGUGUCCGUCUUCUCCCUCUCUCUGCCUCCCUGGACAGUGUCCGCCUUCUCCCUCUCUCUGCCUCCCUGGACAGUGUCCGUCGUCUCCCUCUCUCUGCCUCCCUGGACAGUGUCCGCCUUCUCCCUCUCUCUGCCUCCCUGGACAGUGUCCGCCUUCUCCCUCUCUCUGCCUCCCUGGACAGUGUCCGCCUUCUCCCUCUCUCUGCCUCCCUGGACAGUGUCCGUCUUCUCCCUCUCUCUGCCUCCCUGGACAGUGUCCGUCAUCUCCCUCUCUCCCACAGUGUCCGUCUACUCUUAAACAUUUAUCCCUCUCACUGCCUCCCUGGACAGUGUCCACCUUCUCCCUCUCUCUGCCUCCCUGGACAGUGUCCGUCUUCUCCCGCUCUCUGCCUCCCUGGACAGUGUCCGUCUUCUCCCUCUCUCUGCCUCCCUGGACAGUGUCCGUCAUCUCCCUCUCUCCCACAGUGUCCGUCUACUCUUAAACAUUUAUCCCUCUCACUGCCUCCCUGGACAGUGUCCACCUUCUCCCUCUCUCUGCCUCCCUGGACAGUGUCCAUCUUCUCCCGCUCUCUGCCUCCCUGGACAGUGUCCGUCUUCUCCCUCUCUCUGCCUCCCUGGACAGUGUCCGUCUUCUCCCUCUCUCUGCCUCCCUGGACAGUGUCCGCCUUCUCCCUCUCUCUGCCUCCCUGGACAGUGUCCGUCUUCUCCCUCUCUCUGCCUCCCUGGACAGUGUCCGUCUUCUCCCUCUCUCUGCCUCCCUGGACAGUGUCCGUCUUCUCCCUCUCUCUGCCUCCCUGGACAGUGUCCGCCUUCUCCCUCUCUCUGCCUCCCUGGACAGUGUCCGCCUUCUCCCUCUCUCUGGCUGGACUCCACUGCACCCCACUGAAGCGUCUCCUCGACUGGGCGAGCGCUCAUCAUCUACAGCCUCUUCAGCCUCCUUCCCCUGGAGGUCCCUGUUGUUCGUGGGGUCCCAGGGCACAAGGUGAGGGUGUGCUGGAGGCUACUGGUGCCGCUCAGCUCCUCAGUGCUCCUUCUCCUGGUCACCUGGGGGUCUGGUGGUAGUCUGGGUGAGCAACCAUCUUGGCCCAGGUGCCUGAGCUUCCCUCCCUGGUUCCCCAUCCCAACCCUGGCCUUGCACUCCAAACAGAGAGUUAGCAGGUGGAGGUCAGCCAUCCAGUGGAGCUCAGAGUCUGACCAUGAUCCUAAACCAUCCGCCUUGAUGUCCUCCUCAAAACUCUGUUUCUGUUUUUUAAACCCAAGUUCUUCUGACUUAUCCCCCUGCACUGUCUCAACUGGGAAAUGAUUAGUUGAGCCCGAAGAGAGGCGGUCUUGUGGAGGGCGGAACCGAGGCCCCUUUGGAUAGGGGUGGGGGUGAGGAUGAGGCCCUUGUGGGUGUGGAUGGGGUUGGAGUUGGGGCCCCUGUGUUUGGGGGAAUGGGUGGGGAUGAACGGCCUCACAGAGCUCCUCUACCCGAUGGGUUGGUACAGACGCAAGGUGCUCUGGGUCUCUUCCAUGAUAACCCACUGCUGUAGUAAUAGCUGACAUGUAAACUGGCUGAAAAGUGUCUUGAAGUGUCUGAGCAAUGUAGUCUAGCAGCUCAUCAGCGGACUUUCUUCCGUUUCCCUUGGAAUGGUUUCCUCCUAAUGAAAAAAGAGAUUGUUGAUUAUAUUAGGAUAUCUUUCUGGCAUGAGUUGUGGAUCGUUUUCUUCAGGCAAGGUAGAUGAGUGGAUUAGAAUGGAAUACAAGUGUAUACAUUCAUGAACAAGGAAACAUUUUUAUGUAACGCUAAAACUUUCUUGAAGAGCAAAAACAUCCCGUCUGUCUCUUCACAGAGCACCUGACCACAAACUUUGUCUGCCAGAAAUAGAAACCAUGCAAGAUUAAAUUAUAGCGGAUCAAAUUAAAAUAUAAUAUGCCAAUUAGCAGACGCUUUUAUCCAAAGCGACUUACAGUCAUGUGUGCAUACAUUUUGGGUGGUGCCGGGGAUCGAACCCACUACCCUGGCGUUACAAGCACCAUGCUCUACCAAUUGAGCUACAGAGGACCACAAAUAUUAUCUUAUGUCAGAGAGAGAGAUAGAGAGAGAGAGAGAGAGAGAGAGAGAGAGAGAGAGAGAGAGAGAGAGAGAGAGGAGAGAGAGAGAGAGAGAGAGGAGAGAGAGAGAGGAGAGAGAGAGAGAGAGGAGAGAGAGAGAGAGAGAGAGAGAGACAGACAGACAGACAGACAGACAGACAGACAGACAGACAGACAGACAGACAGACAGACAGACAGACAGACAGACAGACAGACAGACAGACAGACAGACAGAGAGAGAGAGAGAGACAGAGAGAGAGAGAGAGAGAGAGAGAGAGGAGAGAGAGAGAGAGAGUGUAACUGUAUUAGAGACACAUAUUUCCCUCAGAUUACACAGACCCACAAAGAAUUAGAAAACAAAUCCAAUUUUGGUAAACUCCCAUAUCUAUUAGGUGAAAUACCAGUGUAUUUGGAGUUCAGUGGUACCGUUGAAGUUCCAGGCAUGAUGCCGGGAUGGCAGGUAGCCUUUUACUUACAUGUUGCUUUGUUGUUAGCAGUUAAUUGUAAAUAUUGUCAGUUAAAUGUACAUGUUGUCAGUUAAAUGUAAACGUUAUCAGUUAAUCAUUAAACUUAAACUGGCUGGCUAGUUGGCUGACAAACAUACUGUGCAGAUAUACAGGGUCCCCUGUAGCUCAGUUGGUAGAGCAUGGCGCGUGCAACGCCAGGGUUGUGGGUUCGUUUCCCACGUGGGGCCAGUAUGGAAAAAUGUAUGCACUCACUAACUGUAAGUCGCUCUGGAUAAGAGCGUCUGCUAAAUGACUGAAAAUGUUGUUGUUUUUAAAUGUAAAAAUGUACAUAUUCACCUGGCUAAUUAAUAGUUUGAGGACAAGUGGCAUGAUGAUGUGCUGUUACGUGUAAAUGACCUGGUAUAACAACUACAUGAGCUAAAUGAAAACAACUACUUUAAUUAUUGCAUUAUUGGAAAUGUUCAGGCAGCUGCCAUUUUCUGUUGGGAAAGAAAAACUGUUCUGCAUUUACCUGAAAAGGAAGCUCCACACAACAAAGGGCGUAAUAAAUAAUUUAAACAUCACAUAUAUAAAUUCCCACUGUGCCCAUGAUAAAAUACAAUGUGAAUUGUGUUGUACUACUGAAUAGAACUGUGAGGAGAUGCACUCAGACCAGCCUUUGUGAUUGAACUUAGGUACGGGCAGGGAUGACUGGGGCCUUCAGCAAGUAAGACACAGGGGGAAAGAAAUCAUUUGAACAUCACAGAUAUAAAUUCCCAAUGUGCCCAUGAUAAGGUUAACUACAUGACUUUAGUUGGCUGCUUUGAGCAAAACUUUAAUGUAAUAUAACCUAUUCUGGGAGCCUAGUGUGUGUGUAUGUGUGUAUGAACUAUGUGGAAUAUUUUUGGACCAUUGGCUUCCCUGAAACAGGUACUGACAGGAAGCGCAACGAGAACGCUGAUCCAGUGCUAAUUGGAAUAAAACCUCAAGGUAAGAACAAAAACUGAUUUGUGCAAAAACUAUUUACAAGAUUUUUAAAAACAUUUUUACAUUUUUUGUCAUUUAGCAGACGCUCUUAUCCAGAGCGUCUUACAGUUAGUGAGUGCGUACAUUUUCAUACUGAACAUAAUAAAUUAUGAGUUGUUACUCGGUUGUAUGGCCUCAUCAACAAUGUGGCCUCAUCAACCCGGGCACAGCGGCCAGGCAAACCCCCCUCGAGGCCCCCCCACCCCCACCCCGAUGUUGUGGGCUGCUCAACUCGUCGCUCUCAUUCUGUCUUGCAUCAGCAGGUUGGUUCAGAAGUAGCUAAAUCUGCAGGAAGCUUUAAAGUUGCAAGGGAAAUGGGGAGGGAGGGGGGGUUUGCCUGGCCGCUGUGCCCGGGUUGAUGAGGCCACAUUGUUGACGGGGAAAAUGCUUCCAAAAUGAAUCCAUACAGCCGAGUAACAACUUAUAAUUUAUUAUGUUCAGUAUGAAAAUGUAUGCACUCACUAACUGUAAGUCGCUCUGGAUAAGAGAUAUGUGCAGAUGUUCACUGUUGCCAACUUUGGGAGCAUGUGGUCCUUGAAAAACUCUAGUCCAGCAAUCUGAGUCUGCCAGAGGUCGUCAUGGCGAUGGAGGUGGUGAUGGAGGUGGUGAUGGAGGUGGUGGUCCACACAACGAAGAAGCAGGUGUCCCUUCCAGUGAUGUGGAGCUGACCCUGGACCUGGUGCCAGUAGGGAGGGUCUUCACGGAGGCGGUUAGACCCUCCCUCCUCCUGGAUAUAGAAAUCCUUUGACUUCACUGCCUCUUCAAUGGUAAGGUCCCUUGCACCAUAUGGACACCAGUGAGGCACCCAGGAUCCCAGACCCCGUGACCCAAAGCCCUGACUCCUGCACAUCCAUCCCUGUAGACAUUUUGAAUGUCUUGAUGCCCUCCUCUUUACCUGUGCCCCACUUUACAGACAACAAACCCAUCCAACGACUGAACACCUUGAAAUGCAUUCAUUGCAAGAAAUGUGCUAUAUAAAUAGUUUGAUUUGAUUGAUGACAUUGCAGCUGUAGAAUAUUUAAGUGCAGUUUUUCCUUAAACUUUGAAUUGAUCACUUGGGAUUUCAUCACUUGACAUAUCAAUUAUAUAGUGGAAAGGAUAUUAUAAAUCAAGACUGUGUGAAUGCAUGUACCACUCUGAAUUAAAUGUAUAAUGUGCCUUUGAAGAUUUGUCUCUGGUCAUGAAACUCCAAUACAGGCUGGAUGUCUAAACUAAGUCUUAUUCUGAACGUCAAUAGAUUUUUAGAUUCAUUCUCAUCAAUGACAACAUUCUAGAACUGAGGUAUCACUCAUCGAAGUCUGGCAUCUUGGGUAAUCUGGUUAAUGAUUAUAUAAUUGAUUAAGUGGCUCUUUCCUUGUAGAAUGUUGACAGCUGUACAGAACACAUUAUAUUGCUAAAAUGCUCAAACUUAACUUAAUAGCUACACUCACUGACACAGGAUAAACUUUAUCCCUCAUGCUGACCCUGACCAAACCGGUAAAAUGUCCCUCACUACAGCUGCACGUCUCCACAUGGCCAGACUUAUAGAGGUCUUCUCCCCUUUUAAUGCUCCGAUGCUCAUCCUUGAAGAGGAUAAAGGUCUGAAAUAGACAGCAAAGUCGAUAUACUGUACAAACUAUUACCUAGGCUAAGUAAAACACAAUACUUUUUUAUUAUACUGUGCAUUCGGAAAGUAUUCAUACCCCUUGACAUUUUGUUACGUUAGAGCCUUAUUCUAAAAUUGAUUAAAUCGUUUUUUGUCCUCAUCAAUUUACACACAAUACCCCAUAAUGACAAAGCAAAAACAGGUUAAAAAAAUACGUUGUUGAAGCACCUUUGGCAGCGAUUACAGCCUCGAGUCUUCUUGGGUAUGACGCUACAAGCUUGACACACCCGUAUUUGGGGAGUUUCUCCCAUUCUUCUCUGCUGAUCCUCUCAAGCUCUGUCAGGUUGGAUGGGGAGCGUCGCUGCACAGCUAUUUACAGGUCUCUCCAGAGAUGUUCGAUGGGGUUCAAGUCCGGGCUCUGGCUGGGCCACUCAAAGACAUUCAGAGACUUGUCCCGAAGCCACUACUGCGUUGUCUUGGCUGUGUGCUUAGAGUUGUUGUCCUGUUAGAAGGUGUACCGUCGCCCCAGUCUGAGGUCCUGAGCACUCUGGAGCAGGUUUUCAUCAAGGAUCUCUCUGUACUUUUCUCCGUUCAUCUUUCCCUCGAUCCUGACUAGUCUCCCAGUCCCUGCCGCUGAAAAACAUCCCCACAGCAUGAUGCUGCCACCACCAUGCUUCACAGUAGGGAUGGUGCCAGGUUUCCUCCAGCCAUGACGCUUGGCAUUCAGGCCAAAGAGUUCAAUCUUGGUUUCAUCAGACAAGAGAAUCUUGUUUCUCAUGGUCUGAGAGUCAUUUAGGUGCCUUUUGGCAAACUCCAAGUGGGCUGUCAUGUGCCUUUUACUGAGGAGUGGCAGUAUUGGUGGAGUGCUGCAGAGAUGAUUGUCCUUCUGGAAGGUUCUCCCAUCUCCACAGAGGAACUCUGGAGCUCUGUCUGAGUGACCAUUGGGUUCUUGGUAACCUCCCUGACCAAGGCCCUUCUCCCCCGAUUGCUCAUUUUGGCCAGGCGGCCAGCUCUAGGAAGAGUCUUGGUGGUUCCAAACUUCUUCCAUUUAAGAAUAAUGGAGGCCACCGUGUUCUUGGGGACCUUCAAUGCUGCAGACAUUUUUUGGUACCCUUCCCCAGAUCUGUGCCUCGACACAAUCUGUCUCGGAGCUCUACAGACAAUUCCUUCGACCUCAUGGCUUGGUUUUUGCUCUGACAUGCACUGUGGGGCCUUAUAUAGACAGGUGUGUGCCUUUCCAAAUCAUGUCCAAUCAAUUUAAUUUACCACAGGUGGACUCCAGUCAAGUUGUAGAAACAUCUCAAGGAUGAUCAAUGGAAAAAGGAUGCACCUGAGCUCAAUUUCGAGUCUCAUAGCAAAGGGUCUGAAUACUUAUGUAAAUAAGGUAUUUCUGUUUUUUUAUUUUUAAUAAAUUUGCAAAAAAUUCUAAAAACCUGUUUUCUAUUUGUUAUUAUUGGGUAUUGUGUGUCAAUUAAUGAGGAAUUCUUUUAUUUAAUCCAUUUUAACGUAACAAAAUGUGGGAAAAGGGAAGGGGUGUAAAUACUUUCCGAAUGCACUGUACUGCUCUGCUAACUAGCUCGCUAAAGUGUAGUCAGUGGCUAGCUAAGACAGAGAAAGGGGACUUAAAUUCAUGGAUUGGGCACAAAGAUCUCUGAUCGCGCGCUGGUGAAUGGUAGCUUAGUAAUAAUAAUAAUAAUAUGCCACUUAGCAGACGCUUUUAUCCAAAGCGACUUACAGUCAUGCGUGCAUAUAUUUUUGUGUAUGGGUGGUCCCGGGGAUCGAACCCACUACCCUGGCGUUACAAGCGCCGUGCUCUACCAGCUGAGCUACAGAGGACCAAGGCUAGAGUGUCGGCUAGAGAUAAGGUGCAGGAGCUUCCUGUAGGAAUUUGUAGUCUUUUUUUUUUUCUUUUUUUUUGAGUCAUUUAGCAGACGCUCUUAUCCAGAGCGACUUACAGUUAGUGAGUGCAUACAUUUUCAUACUGGCCCCCCGCGGGAAACGAAGCCACAACCCUGAGGUCUUGCUGAGGUCUUCUCUGUUGCUAAUUAGUAUUUAGGAUUUUUUGAGUAAAUUGAGGCGAAUAUAUAUUGACAAAACUCACCUUGUCCAAGAGAGAAUUACAUAGCUAUCAAAACGUCACGCCAGGGUAAGCCUACACGAAACACAGACCUUAAAUUAAGUAGUUAUAGAAUCCCAGACGAAAAAAUGUAUGGGGAAAAAAUGAUUGGAACCAUUGCGGAGUUUACCGCUAGGUAUUAUGGGUAUUAAGACGCGUCCACUGUGCCGGACAAUAGAGAAUAAAGUGAAUUUCCAAAGGUUGCACACAAAAAUCACAUCUUACAAUGUCUGGUAAUUAGUUAUUGUAUUGUUAUUACAAUGCUCUGUUUCAAUGGUAUUAAACUUUUAUCAUGUUCUGAUCAAUCCGAUAUUAGUUUUGGGCUAAUAGUCCCGAAUACAGACCACCAAGUCAUAAUUACGCACACGUUACUCACAGGGAAAAAAAUGUGUGAGAGAUCUUCAUCAAAGUGAACACAUGGGCUAAGGCUACCCCAAGAUGUCAAAAGUGUCAAAAGCUAUGACGAAAACGUACCGUUUAAAAAGUCUCCAAGUUAAUAAAAAAAAAACACUAACAUAGAAACUAUCGAUAAAGAGUACACUUUUCUUUUGCAUCCUCAGACCCUACACUCCAAGAGAGCGCUGACAUAACGGCAAUGCACUGAGAUUUACAUUUUCAGUUGACAAGCGACAGAACCCGCCCUCCUGCUGUGACUGUCAGGUCAUGAACCAAUCGCCUCUGUCCACCGGCUAUUGGGACGGCUCCAAUUGGAGCAUCUGGCUGAAAUCCAGUGACAGUGAACCGUGUGACAGCUACUGGAUGGGCAGAUAG